AUGGCACCACCCACCAAAUAUUCUGCCGAGCAGAUCGAGUUUAUGGCGACAUUCCACAAUCAAUUCCUUGAAUGUAAGGCCAACAGAAAUUACGAACCUUUCUGGAAUCCCUUUUUUGAGGCAUGGGGAGCAAGAUUUCCAGAGCGUGCUGUUGUCUUUAAAGACAUUCCGCUCGAUGUGGACUUAACCGAGGAACAGUCUACUGUGCUGGCAGAAGCCUGGGCAUUGCGUCAACGGCGCCUCAUGGAGAAAUUCCGUAAUGAUUUGGGCACGUCAAAAGCGGGUUGGCGGGCGAAUGGACAGCACACUGCCACAGUCAAUAAAAUGAUGAAAAAUAUCAUGAAGGGCUCGACGGACAAACCUACUCGUGUCUUGCAACCAUGGGAAAUGUACUCGAAAACUCACUAUAUGAAAGUCAAAGAUGCGGUAAAGACUGAGCAGGAAGAGCUAAAAAAAGUGCCCUUCGCUGAGCCGGCUAAGAAGACUACCCUGGGUAUCGUUAAGCGGCAUGUCAAAGCCGCUUUCAACAAUGAAUCCGAGGAAGUAAAGGCAGAGGUCCUUGCUGCUAUCGAGGCAAUGAAGGAGGCAAAAAGUGCGGAAAUAGAGGAAGCAAAGAAGCAGGAUCACGAUAAGGAUGUCAUGUGCAGCUACAUAUCCAAAAUCGCUGCGAUUUUGACCCAGUUCUUUGAGGAGUUGCAUGAAAUGACAGAUUGGGUAUUCAUGGUACUCAUGGGCGGGCCACAUCCUGCUGCAGGUGGGACACUUGAUGUCAGUAGUUUCCAUGUUGGUACAACAAAACUGGGCAACCGGUUCAGUCAAGCCUAUCCCCAAUUCUCGCAGAACAUUAUGGUGCCUUACACGCAGUUUGUAGAACGUGUUUUUUCCGACGCAGCCGCACUGUCGAAGGGACAAAGCUUGCUGCAUCCGGUCAAUACACCAUCCACUCCGGUCAUCGCUUCUGGAUCUUCAUCUACUGUCCAAUUACCCUCUGAUAUAUCACCACCUACCACUCUCAAUACCACAACUGCCACGUCUGAUGCAUUGUUUGACUCACAGUUUUCUUCUCUCAUGGACACCAUCGACAUUCCAUUCUUCUCCCAGCCUUACGCAUCUCCGCCACAAAUGGACAUGGACGACACAUCGCAGCCAUCACUUCCCAUUCUUCCAAUGCCUCCGCAACCUCCUCAAGACUCGGAGAUGAUGCACAGUUUGAAUCCGUUUCUGCAGGACCCAUCCAUUCUCAAACACGACCCACCUAUUCUCGAACAAUACCUUGCCCCGCAACACUCACUACCGAUUAUCGUGUCACCACCACGAAUUCAUCAAACACAAAACACAUGGACCCCCACAGACGAACCUGCUACUACCCCAAAUGAAGCUGGACCGCAGCCUUAUCACACUACAAAUUCCACCUUCACCUUCCCUAUCUCCACUCCACCACCCUCCCAGGCGCCUUCAUUGACAACCCGCACUCUAUCAACGCCACCUGCCGGUGCACCCCCCACCCAAACUCUGACAACUCUGUCUGAUGCCGCCCCAAGAGGACCCCCUUCUGACACAGGCAAGAAGCGUGCAUGUGAAUCUGAAGGAGAGCGGUUGAAUAAAGGUAAUGCUCGCAGGGCUGGUUCCAGCGCCUCCGCCAUGGUUGAUGAGAGAGUGACGGAAUCAACGGAUCAGCAGGAUGGCCGAGGCAAACGUCAACGGUUCCAAUCCAGGCGUGCUGCAGAAGCCAACAAUAUUGGUGGCUCAUCCACGACUCGGAAGACUGGACGCAAAUGA